AUGUCCACUGGCAACUGCUCGAGCUUUGCUAAUGAAGCUGUUGGAGAAUUUGUCGACUGUAUGACAAAGCCACGCUACUCUCGCAAGCCCGUGAUUGUCCUAGCUGGCUACUCGGAUGAUAUGGAUAGGCUACCUCAUAUUAAUACGGGUUUACGGUCUCGGUUCCCCACCGAUAUUGUCUUUCCCUCGAUGAGCCCAGCUCACUGCCUCGAAUAUCUUGAAGUGCAGCUAGGGAAGCUCCAGAUAAGAGUGGAUCGGAGCCCUACCAUUAGUGAACGGGAAGAUUCAACUGUUCGGGACCUGUUUGCCCGGUUGCAAAAGACAAGGUCUUGGGCAAAUGCCUGGGAUGUUGAAACACUGGCCCGCAAUAUCGUUUUCGAGGUGUACAAGAGUCAACGGGGCACCAGUGACUCCGACCUCAGCGUUUCUAUGGACGAUAUUAUGAACUGUCUAGAUGACAUGCCAGACCAGCGCGACCAGUCUUCUGAAUAA